UGAUGCCUAGAGCUGUCAUCGUGUGUCAGACCUGCGGACCUCUGAGGCGGAAAAUAGUGAGCGCAGACAUGCUUUUGUGUUGUCUGUGUAUAACGUGAGGAGAGAGUCUGGAUCGUCAGUCUUCAGAGUAACAUCACAUUACCUGCGCUGCACCUGAGCCGCUCACAGCCACCUGUUGGCCCGCUGGGAGCGCACCUGCGGCGGACCAAAGCGGACUGUGUGAGAGAAAUGAAGUGAAAUGAGGUGUUACCCCGUCAGAUUCGGAUUUCUGCUGGCUUUCGUGUGCUUUGUGUCCAUCAGCUGGAUAAAAUUAGUUCCUAACAAUGGAGGAUCAGCACUCCAGCUGGACCUGCGGACCCUGUACGAGCGGCUGUUGGUGGCCGAGCAGCUAGGUGGGCAGGUCAGAAAGGAUCUCAGCAACAUGCUGGAAGAGCUGAAGAACAUGUCCAAGGCUGCCAACAACACCCAUCACACCGCCAACAACACCACCAACAACACCACCAGCAUCUCCACAGUGACAAAAAUGAGGAGACAGACGAAGAACGAUUUCGAUGCACAGGCCAUCCUGCAGCCCAACAUUUAUGUCUACAUGCCUCAUCUUAGACGACAUCCAGAGAGCCUCACACCCAACAUUGUGCUUGGACAGGGACGCAGAGGAGUGUCCAUCGUGAUGGGCAUCCCUACAGUGAAGCGUGAGAAGCAGAGUUACCUGGUCAGUACACUCAACUCUCUGCUCUACAGCCUGACUGCAUCACAGAAGAAAGAUAUACUCAUCAUCAUCUUUGUAGCUGAGACGGACUCGAACUACGUCAGGGGGGUAGCAAACAUCAUCUCUGAGAAUUUUUCCAGAGAGGUGCAGUCCGGAUUGUUGGAGGUCAUCUCUCCUUCGCAGUAUUACUACCCUAACUUCACCAGCAUCAGGUCGACAUUAGGAGACUCAAAGGACAGAGUCAAGUGGCGAACAAAGCAGAACCUGGACUUCAGCUUCCUCAUGCUCUACGCUCAGGACAAAGGCACAUAUUAUGUUCAGUUGGAGGACGAUGUCAUUGCAAAGGCAGACUACCUCAGCUUCAUGAAGAGCUUCGCCAACCAGGAAGCUUCCAAAGAAUGGCUCUACCUGGAGUUCUCCCAGCUCGGGUUCAUAGGCAAAAUGUUUCGAAUCAGUGACCUCCCGAUGAUCGCAGAGUUCUUCCUGAUGUUUCACAAAGACAAACCCGUCGACUGGCUGUUGGAUCACAUACUGUGGGUCAAAGUUUGUAGCCCGGAGAAAGACGCAAGACACUGUAACGAGCAGAAGGCGUCACUCAGGCAGAGGUUCAAGCCCUCCCUCUUCCAGCACGUCGGCCUGCACUCGUCUCUGUCUGGGAAACUUCAGAAUCUGAAGGACAAGGACUUUGGGAAUCAGGUUUUGUUCAGGGCCCACUGGAACCCUGCUGCAGAGCUGAGCACCAGCCUGAUCCACUACCAGCAGCACAGUCUGAUGAGGGCAUACAGAGGAGAGGAUUUCCUCUGGGCAAUAACACCCAUAGAUAAUGACUACAUCCUCUUCAACUUCUCACUACCGAUCCACAUAUCCGGGUACCUGUUCCGCAGUGGAAAUGCAGAGCACGGUGGAGAUAAAUUCUUCAACACAACAGUGGAAGUGUUACCUGGCAAUGCGGAAGCACGCAUCAAACCAGUGAAUGGCUCGACUUCCACCUACCAACAAUCUGAUAAAGGCUUCACUGUUAUUGGCGCGUUUCAAAACGGGGUCGCUGAGGGUGAGAUUGAAGAAGCACUGCAGCCGAUCUCAGCUCUUCGUCUGGUCGUUCACUCCAACGCCUCUGCCUGGGCUCUGCUAAGUGAGAUUCAAAUUAAAGUUUGAUGAACAAACUGAAACACAAACACUGGGCAAUCAUCCUUGUAGCUGAACAGAGUGUUCCCCCUGCUGGACUCUCACUGCAGGAGGAACUUUAUUUAUUGUUUUAGAGGUUUACAUGAAGUGCCUAAACAGACUAUGACUGUGCUCUGGGGUGAAGAAGAACUCAACUUGCUGCUGGAUGCUUAACACAGGAAGUUCAGAUUUUGAAGGACGUCUCCAGAAUUAACCACACGGCAACGUUAUCUUGUCUUUGACUUCUUGGGAUUUAUUGACUCUACUUGUCUUGUCUCAGAGUUGUUUUAACAGCAGAUUUCCUGAAUACAUAAUUUAUUGACCAGUACCUUGCUAUUUAGUAACUUUCACUUUAUAUAUUUGUUGUAACAAAUAAAGAAAAAUACA